AUGGUGACUCUGUUCCCGGUCCUCCUGAAUCAGCUUAAAAUGGUCAAAUGCGACCUUGAGCUUAAGGAGAAGGCAAUGGUUGCUGUCUCGAACUUUAUUGAACAAUUGGGGCAGGAUUUGUCACCCGAUUGCCUCCAAGAGACGCUGAAUCAGUUCACCAACUAUUUGGACAGCGAGACGACCCGAAUUUCUGCCAUUCGUUCACUUUCCGUCAUCUUUGCAAGUCCUCUAAGUAUGCAGACCUGCCCUGUGUCGCGCGAUUUGAUGAAGACGUUAUUGAAUUUGAUGCAAGCGAGUAAUUGUGAUCUUCGUGUGGCCGCAAUUCACUGUGUCACUGUGAUCUGCUCCCACUUCCCACGUGACUUCAUUCUGAAUGAGGAUAAAAAUGUUAGCGUCAUUCUCCCUCUUCUGCCCCAGCUACUUGAUGAUCCCAGUCCGGCUGUGGUGCAGGAGGCUCUUGAAUUAGCCGCCAGCGUGAUUAAACAGUGUUCGCGUUGUGACGUGGUUCAGCACGCAGUUGUGGCCGACUUUUACGCGACAGAGGCGUUUUUGCGGCCGGUUAUUGCUCUCACUCAUUCACAGCCUCAUCGAACAUCUCAGUUGACCCCUUUGCUCCAUCUGAUGCAAAACAUCGGCAUGUACAGACUCGAAUCCCAUGAGUUGUCUGUGAAAUUCAUGCUAUUGAAAGUGCUCGGACAGUUAGAUAGUUACACCUCCGUAGAGGCGAAUGAGAAGUUCACGGAGAUUAAGGGUAAUCUACCCAUCAUGGCACGUGUUUGUGCUGAGUUGAUCCUCCAGUUACCACGCUACGGGCAGUUGAAUUCGAUUGACUCCACUCUGGAGGAAAUGGUGGAAGAACUGAAGAAAAAGACAACCUCUUACGCGCGACGCUAUGUGUACAUACUUAUUUUCGGGGACGUUGGAUACGGGAUCGACAUCAGUCAUCGUGGAGAUGUCUUUGACGUUCUCAUGGACCACGUCAUCAUGAAUGAGACAAUCCUCCCUGCUACGGAGCAGCAAGUAGCUCCUAUGAGUGAAGAUCAGUCCUCUUCAUCUGUUGUAUUUCCUCCCUCGUCUACGAUGGCAUCUACCGGUAGCGCUGGUAAUAAUGGCUUCACGGACCUGCGACCCCUAGCUGCCGCAAGUUUAGGCCGUCUGAUUGCAGGAGCGCCCUCAGGAACGGUUCACGAACUUCUCCAGUUCUUCCAUCAAGAGUACGAUCAGACCUUGGUGGUCUUCUACCUCUUCCAGACGCUGCGGCAGAACUAUCCUCGUCUUCUUUCUUCACAGGCUAUUAUAAAUCUUGUCGAAGUUCGGUCCGCGGAACACAUCUACCGCAAUGUGGAGGAGGUCUGGUCAAUUAUGAUGUCGAACGCGGGCCAUCCAGAGGAGGGCACAAGGAAUGUGGUGGCUGAAUGCCUCGGCAGAGUUACGCUUCUGCAACCACUGGAAUUGGUUGCGCGGUUACACGCGGAGUUGAAAUCUCAGGCAUCUGCAUCCUCCAACAUCAUACGAUGCACACUUGUUACGGCCUUCAAGUACCUCCUGUCUGUCGCUGCUAGCAUUAAUUACCCAGACGACGAGAACGGAAUGGCCUCAGUCUCAGACACUGUUAACAUUGCUGACGCCUCCAUCACCACGUUAAACGACCGUCGGGAACUCGUUCAGACCCUGCUGGAAGACUCUCGAUUUCUCGAUGCACUCGCCUACAUCCUAGAUCCUGAUCCGGAUGUCUGCCGUGCCGCGCUCAUCACCUUCAACACGGCGGCGCAUUAUUGGCCCACCCUAAUUCGCCCGCUGCUGAAUGCUCCUAUCGGUCCGAGCCAGAGGCCUCUUGUGGAAGAAGUAUAUCGCGGCACAAAUGUGAGGCAGGAGCUUAUUCGAGAGGUGCAGAUGGGCCCUUUCAAGGUGCAAUUCGACGAUGGCAUUGAGUUGAGGAAGACAGCCUACGAGUGCAUGUCAACCUUGCUGGAGAACUACACGGAUCGUCUUUCGAUGAGUGCUUUCCUGAUUCCCCUCAUCGAAGGCCUGAAGGAUAACAACCACGUGAAACUUGCUGUUUGCCACAUUCUUCGAAGGGUCAUACAACUUGCUCCUAUUGAUGUUGUUAAUAUCCAGCAUUCACUAGCCGUCAAUUUUGAUCCUCUCAUCAUUGCAGAAAUGUCGGAGCUGUCGCAGGCACUGACAGCCAUCUUGCAACUUCAACCCAAAGGCGACUUGGUGAAACGAGAGUCGGAGAAGUUGGAGGAGGUGAAAUCCGCUACACUCAUGGUCAUCGCUGAGUUACCAAAAAUUCCUGAUAUUCGUAAAAAUCAAUCCUACAGCGAGUUGAUAAGGAUCAUUCGAUGUGACAAAGGACUCACCUCCUUGUGGAUGGAGGUUGUGGGCUCCGAGUCGUCUCUGGGAAAGGUUUGA